AUGAAGAAGAUGUUCUCCUGUUCCACCUCGCAGGUUGCGGUCGAGAGCUGGAACAAACACGACCAGAAGCUUUUCGAAGCCGUCGAGAAGGGGGAUGUGGGCAGAGUUUCCGUCCUGGCUUCCAGAAAGACAGCGAGACCCACCAAGCUCAACGCCCUGGGCCAAUCUGCGUUCCAUCUGGCAGCUUCCAAAGGGCUCACCGAGUGCCUGACCAUCCUGCUGUCUCAUGGGGCCGAAGUCAAUGAGAAGAAUGAUGACGGCAGCACGGCGUUGCACCUCGCCACCAUCGCCUGCCAGCCUCAGUGCGUGAAGGUUCUUCUGCAGCACGGCGCCAAUGAGGACUGCGUGGAUGGUGAGAACCGCACCCCCCUACACUGGGCCGCCUCCUCGGGGUGUGCGUCCAGCGUCUUGCUCCUGUGUGACCAGGAGGCCUUCCUGGAUGUCACCGAUAACAACGGACGCACGCCCCUGAUGAUAGCGGCCAUGGGGAACCACCCGGCCAUCUGCUGCCAGCUGCUCCAGAGAGGGGCCAGCGGCAACCUCACCGACAAGGACCAGAAGACUGCUCUGAUCCUGGCCUGUGAGAGCUCCAGUGUGGAGUCAGCCAAGCUGCUGGUAAGCAGUGGGGCGGACCUCAGCGUGGUGGACAGGACGGGCCACGACGCCCUCCACUAUGCCCUGCAGUCCCAGAGCCGCCCACUGAGGAGGCUGCUGCACAGUGCCCUGAAGAAGAGGAAUAGAAGAGGCUUUGGUUUCCAUGGCGACUGCCUGUUGGGAGUCAGGACUCCUAGGUUCUAUUUUUGGCUCGGCUACAAAUUCGCUGUGAGACCUUGGCCGAGUCACAGCUGUUGUCACUGGUCAGAUGGGGACGACCCAUUACCCACCUCACUUGCUGAAUUCCUGCUUGUGAGGAGCUGGGAGAUCCAGAAGGCAGGGGCUGCCCAGGGGCAAAGCAACUCUCCACUCUGCGCUACAGAGAGUUUGAAAAUUUCAUUCAGUGUUUUUAUUUUCCCUCUGGCAGAGUAUGGAUCCAGCUGUCAAACAAGCACCAAUGCACAGGUGACCGCCGAGCCACCAGAGCGCAGCGGCAGCAGCAUAAACUUGCAGAGCGAGGGAGGCAGAGACGCCGAGGAGGACGAAGAGGACCUCGACGCCGAGGAGUGGAGGUGUCGGUAUGAAGACGAGCAGACGAAGGUCCUGCAGCUGGAAGAGCAGCUGGUGAGGAAGGCGAAGGAGUGUGAUGCCCUGGCGGAGGGGUGCAAGGUGAUGAAGGAGAGGAUCUGGGACCAGGUGCAGGAGAUAAGCCAGCUGUUGCCGGAGAGGGCAGAUGAGGGCAGGCGGGUGCUGAGCCGCCGGUACAGCCGGGACACCACAGAAGAGGACUAUUACCUGAACCUUUUGGCUGAGCAAGUGCAAGAGUUGAAGAAGAGACAGCAAGAGGCAGGAGGCCAGAACGUAGCAGUGAAGGAAGACUGGAUACAGUGGCCGGGGGAGGAGGAAGAGGAGGAGAAGAGACGCCAUCAGGAGGAGUUGAUGCGGCUCCAGGCCGAAGUGGCCACGGCCCUGGAGGAGAAGGAGAGCGCGGCAAAGAGGGUGGUGGAGCUCGAAGGCCAUCUGGAGAACAUGAGGGCGGUGAUCGCCGUCUACGAGGCCAAGAAGCGGGCCCAGGAUGAGGCGCUGGAGCAGCUGCAGGCUCGUGUCGCUGAGCUCGACGGCGACAACCAACGGCUGCGCGGGCUGCUGGGAAAGCAGCAGGGAGAAAGGCAGAAGGCGGGAAGGCAGGAGGUGGAUCCGAGAGGGCCCAGAGUCGCUCUCUGCACUGAGCUAGGCCAAUUCCUGUCAUGGAUGAGGGAGGGGGCUGCCAGAGCACAGGAGGAGAAGGCUGCGGUCCUUGCCGAAAACAAGGAUCUGAAGAGGGAGGCAGAGGAGACCCUCAGAGGCAAACUUCACCUCGAGGCGGUGCCAUCGGAAGCCAUCAGGAAGAGCGUGGCCUCUUGGGAGAAGAUGGUGGUGGGCUUAGAACAUGCUCUGGCCAAGAUGGAUGAGGCCAACUUCAGCCUCCUGGAGAAAGCCAGGCCUCUUCAGGAAGCCAUCUCGGCCCCUCAGAGCAAGCAGGAGUCAGGGGUCUUAGUAAACGGCAUGGUGGCUUCCCAGCUCCAGGAGCUGAGAAAUGGCCUGGAGCAGCGUGAGGAAGAGAAUAACGUCUUCAGAGAUGAGGCAGAGUCCCCACUGAGGCAACCUCAAUCCCUGGAGGAGCUGGAGAAGGGCAGGAUGGAAAAGAACCAGAUCCAAGAUGGCCCCCAUGGGCAACCCAGACCUAGGCUGAGGAACGAUUCUGUGGAAACGAAGGGCCAGGCCAGGAGGAGAAGCUCUGACCUAGAGAAAGAGCUGUCGGACCUCAGACAGAACAAUGGCAGCCUCAUGAACGAGCUGGCCCAGCUGGGCCAGGAGAGGGAGAAGCUGCAGGAUGAGCUCCAGCGUCUCUGGCAGCACCAGAAGGAAGGGUCCCCCCGAGGAGAGGCGCAGGGCCUGGUGGAGGAGCUGAGGCAGAGAGUGGCCGCCUUGUCCCAGGAGCUCUCAGCCGAGAAGGAAGAGACCAAGAAGCUGAGGCUAAGGCUAGAGACCCAGAAGAGGGAGAUGGUGGUGCUGAGGGACAGCUUCCUCAAGCAGAUGAUGGGAGAGGCCAACAGCAUGGGAAGCCAGAGCCUAAGCACCUGCAUCUUGGAGGAGCUGCACUGGAAACUGGACAACCUGGUGAAGAAGCACAACGAGGCCCUGCAGCUGGUGUCGGAGAUAGAAGAGGAGAGCCAGGUGCUCGGGGGCGACCAGGCUCCCGCCAUGCAGAGCGAGGCUAUUGACACCUCCGUGGGGGGUGAGAAAAGCCCUCAAAGCAACAGUGUCCAGGCCCUUGGUCAGGAAGCGUCCGAGACCUUGGAGAUCGUGGGAGGAGAGCUGGUGCUUGAGCCCUGGCGAUGGGUGAAUGAGCUGGAGAGAGAUCUGUGGGAGCUGAAGGAGGAGCUCGAGGCAGCUCAGGCCACCCUGGGAGGUGAAAGCCAUGAUGUGACCAAGCUGAAGCAGAUGCUCGACCGACUGCCCAUGAAGGUGGCAGAGCUGUGCUCGGAGGAGGAGGAGACCCUGCGGAUGCACGAGAAGGCCUGGAGCUCCCUGGCACUCCGGACUCAGGCUCUGGAAGAGGAGCUGCGAGCCCUUCAGGAGAAGCACGAGGAGGUGAGGGGGAAGUGCGCCCAGCGAGAGGAGGCCCUGGCUGCAGAGAAGCAUAAGAACAAGGACCUGCUGGCCAAGGUGGCGGAGCAGGAGAAGGAAAUAGGAGAGCUGAGGGGGAAGUCGGAGCAGCUGGAGAGAACCAUCCAGAAGCUGAACAAGAAGGUGGAGGAGCUCUCCAGGACCUGCCAGGACAAAGAAGGGAAGAUUAAAAAGUUGCUGAAGGAGACGGAGAAGCUUUCAGCAGAGAUCCUGGCCCUCCGCAGUGAGAGUGCUCGUCUCCGGCUGCAGUUAGAGAAAUACAAACACCUGCUGGCAGAUUGA